AUGUCGUCCAGUGAACUGUACCGUUAUUAUUAUAAAGCAACCGAAGAAUUGCAAGCUUUUAAAAGUAAUGAAACUUACUUUAAUCCGAUGGCGGCUUAUAAUCCACCGAGCAUUAAUUUACAAAACCACGAUCACGGAUCUACUUCUUAUCCUGGUAAUAUGGUGAUUAAUACUAAUCACAGCAACAACAACAACAACAACAAUAACAAUAAUGACAGCAAUUACAUAGCUAGCAAUGGAUAUAUCAAUUUCGAACCAGCUUCAUCAGACGGCUGGCUUAGCUCAUCUCCGGCCAGUCACCGUUCGGAGAGUCCGGAAUAUGUAGAUUUAAAUGUCAUUUGCAAUGGAGACGGUAAUGGUCAACAUCUACAAUUGCCAUCACUGAAUCCUUAUGCAUUGACGGUAACAUCAUCGACAAUUCAAAAUGAAUCUUUACCUUUAAAUGCAUCAUCUAUUGCUUCGAUGGGUUCCUCGAAUAUUGGCACUUGUAAGACCGUAUGCGCUGUAACAAAACCUAAAUGUUCUUAUAAUCGUAAAAAUCAACCAUCGGCUACCUCAAACGCUGCGACCGUUCCCAAUGGUAAUCCCGCCUCUGUAAAUGUUUAUGCCGAGAAUUUUCAACAUUAUGUGGAUUUUGAGAAUACCGACCUAUUUGAUGAUAGCGUCGACGUUGAUGACAACGCUAUGCUAUUUUUCGGUAAUGAUGGCAACAGCAGUUCUCAAGAUGAUUUUGAUGGUACCGCGUCAUUCGAAAUAACAGAAUUAGAAAAUGAGGAAAACGCUAGCACUUACCAUUCAACAACGGACGAUAACGCUUCCCAAGUUGGUGGUAAAAAACGUCGUGGCAAACAAAUUUCGCCCGUUAUUAAACGUAAGCGUCGCCUGGCUGCUAACGCGCGUGAAAGACGUCGCAUGCAAAAUUUAAAUCAAGCUUUUGAUCGUCUUCGUCAAUAUUUACCAUGCCUCGGGAACGAUCGUCAACUAUCAAAACAUGAAACUUUACAAAUGGCUCAGACUUAUAUUGCGGCCUUAGGCGAUUUAUUGCGUUAAAGGCGAGAAAUGUUUAUCGAUUGUCGCUUUCAACAAUCACUUUUAGUUCGUGCCAAAGUUUGUACCUUUGUGUUAAAUUUUUUGCUUUAUAAAUUUGGAUUGAUUUUCGCGAAUGCGAACGUGAACAUUCUAACAUUCUCUGCCUCAAAUUG